AAAAAAAAAAAAAAAAAAAAAAAAAAAAAAAGAACAAGAAAGUAAUUGGAUUGAAUGGCAACAGGGAACAAUACAGAUACUCUCCAUCAUGUAAAGUACUACAAAUGCUGUGAAACACAGUUCUUCUUGUAUGUCAUAAUAAUUGCUAUGUUAGUUUUAUUUGCUGGGAUGAUGUCUGGACUCACACUUGGUCUCAUGUCCAUGAGCCUCGUCGAUCUUGAAGUUCUUGCCAAGUCAGGAAAGCCAAGUGACCGUCUCCAUGCCUCCAAGAUUUUGGCAGUUGUGAAGAAUCAACAUCUAUUGCUUUGCACGCUCUUAAUCAGCAAUGCCGCGGCUAUGGAGGCACUUCCUGUUUUUCUUGAUAAUCUGGUUCCGGAUUGGGGUGCUAUUCUUAUUUCGGUGACAUUAAUACUUUUUGUUGGAGAGAUUAUGCCACAAUCUGUAUGCUCCCGAUACGGUUUGGUGGUUGGUGCAGCAAUGGCUCCACUGGUUCGUGUUCUUGUUUGGAUCUGUUUUCCUGUGGCAUAUCCAAUAAGCAAGCUAUUAGAUCUUGUGUUGGGGAAAGGACAUGUAGCCCUUUUCCGUCGAGCAGAGUUGAUUACAUUGGUUGAUUUGCAUGGUAAUGAGGCUGGGAAAGGUGGAGAAUUGUCACAGGACGAGACGACUAUCAUCACAGGAGCACUUGAACUCACUGAGAAAACUGCCAAGGAUGCAAUGACUCCUAUUUCUGAAACUUUUGCAAUUGACAUCAACACUAAACUUGACAAGGCUUUGAUAAAUUUGAUCCUGGAGAAGGGACAUAGCAGAGUGCCAGUCUAUUAUGAGCAACCAAGAAAUAUAUUUGGACUUAUUCUGGUGAAAAAUUUAGUGACCCUGAAACCAGCAGAUGGGGUGCCUAUAAAAAACGUCACUAUUCGUCGGAUUCCAAGAGUUCCAGAGACAAUGCCUCUAUACGACAUGCUAAAUGAGUUUCAAAAAGGGCUGAGUCACAUGGUUGCUGUCAUAAGACAACCAAAAGCCAAGGUGGAGCAGCCAGCCUGCAAUCUCUCAACCGAUGUGAGAGAAGUGAGAGUGGACAUCCAAGGAGAAAGCCAGGCCCUAAAGAAAAGCUUGCGGAGCAAGAGGUCCCUCAGGAAGUUGAAGGGUUUGCCCAGAAGCGCAAACGUUUCACGUAGGGAAAACUCAAGGAGUAGGAGGUGGUCAGAAGAACUUUAUCCCGAGGUCCUGCAUUUAAAUGACAACCCGCUUCCAACACUCACUGAAGAAGAGGAAGUCAUUGGUGUAAUAACAAUGGAAGAUGUCAUUGAGGAGCUGCUCAAAGAGGAGAUAUAUGAUGAGACAGAUCAUCAGUGAUGAGCAUUCAUAACUUGGGCUCUUCAGGAACAUCAAAAAAUACAUGUUAGGUGAAUGCAAGAACUGGAGAUUACCAGGCAACAGAUCAGUACAAAAUUUAGGUAAUUACAUAGCUGACAGAUCGGAAAAGAAAUAAUUAAUCAUUGUCCCAUUUCAGGAAUUAAGGCUGAAGGGUUGGAUUGUAUUUUUCAAAUACUGUCACAUGUAUACCAAAUCAUAUAGGAUAUAAAGCACUGAGAAUUUCACUAUAUUUACUGAUCCUGAACUUUUGAUUUAAGCUUUUCGGCUUACCUAAAACAAAAGAACAAGAGUUGUAUCCAAUACACAAGAUUUCCAGCCUAUAGCACGAUCUGGUGGACAAUAUUACCCUUCUUAUGGACAGGCUAAUUUUCAAACUCAAACCUGCAAUGAAUAAUUUGGGUGAAUAAUCAGUUUGUGGACCAUGAAAUUCCACAUGAAAAGCAUUGCUAUCUAAGCCAGGUGGAGGAAAUUCUGGCGCAUUCAUGUCAACUACAGACCAUUAUCCCAAAACCAGGCCAUCCUAUGUCAUUUUAGCAGUAUUAGGAACCAUAAAAGAUAAAAGGCCAAACCUGUUAUGUGGAGCAAUUACUUUGUUUGCUCAACCAAGCUGAUAGUCAGGUUUUUUGCAUCAU